AUGAUGCCUUCAGUAAAUAUGAGCGUUCUCCUUAUUGGUGUUUCCUUGUGUCUCAUGACUCAUCCAAUCCAUUCAGCUAGGAUUACCGACAUCGGACGAGAAUCACAGAUGGUCGGCGAUUCGGAAACAGCAGAAGAUUUUUAUCCGCCGCAGCUUCAUCCGUGGUUUGGUAAGCGUAUCAUUGACUCCGCUGAGAAAUAUUUUGAUUGGGCAGGAAAAACGAAUCGUCCUAUGGAAUAUCUUCGUGGAAAACGUUUUUGGCUUUUCACCAAAAAAGAUGAGCAUGGCGCUAGCCAGGAAACAACGCAUGAUUCCAAUACACCAUCCAAUUCAGUCAAACAAGGCAUUUGGCGAUCAGGCAUUGUUGGACGUCGUUAA